CUCCUUCUUAACUGCUCUGUUUCUCAAGAUCACUGUUCAGCUUGACUGAUCGUGAUUGACCUGAUAUUUCGCAUCAUCCUGGUCACCUGCCUCACUGCAUUCGCAACACUUUAAACUCUUCACAGACCUCCGACCCCUCAAUCUCGUCGUGUCCAACCCGCUACCUACUGGGUUCCGUGCCCAAGCCAUCACACACCGCGUCAACCUUCGGGCGUCUGCAGCCCUAUCCCCACAUCAUGAGCUUCGCAAAUAUGCUCAACAAGCUGUCCGGGCAGCCGGAGAGCUAUGAGAAGAAAGCUCUCUACAAAUUCGGAAGAACGCUAGGUGCAGGCACAUACGGCAUUGUUCGUGAGGCAGAGACCAAUGAUGGCCAGAAGGUUGCUGUCAAGAUUAUUCUCAAGAAGAAUGUGCGCGGGAAUGAGACCAUGGUCUACGAUGAGCUUGAGAUGCUGCAAUCGCUCCAACACCCCCACAUUGUCUCGUUUGUCGACUGGUUCGAAUCCAAGGACAAAUUCUACAUUGUCACGCAACUAGCUGUUGGCGGCGAGCUGUUCGACCGCAUUUGCGAGUAUGGCAAGUUCACUGAGAAGGAUGCGUCGCAGACCAUUCGCCAGGUACUUGAUGCUGUAAACUACCUGCACAAGCGCAACAUUGUCCACCGAGACUUAAAACCCGAGAACCUCCUCUACCUCACCCGCUCCGCCGAAUCCGAGUUGGUCUUGGCGGAUUUCGGUAUCGCAAAAAUGCUUCACAGUCCCUCCGAAGUGCUGACCAGCAUGGCGGGCUCAUUCGGCUACGCCGCUCCCGAAGUUAUGCUCAAGCAAGGCCACGGCAAGGCCGUCGACAUGUGGUCGCUGGGUGUGAUCACCUACACUCUUCUCUGUGGCUACUCCCCCUUCCGAUCCGAGAAUCUGACCGACCUGAUUGAGGAAUGUCGGUCUGGCCGCAUCAUCUUCCACGAGCGCUACUGGCGCGAUGUGUCCCAGGACGCCAAAGACUUCAUCCUCACUCUUCUCAACGCCGACCCCAGCAAGCGAGUUACCUCGGAGGAAGCCCUCAAGCACGAGUGGCUGACCGGAAAGACGGCCGGCGACCGCGACUUGCUGCCCGAGAUCCGCGCCUACAUCGCGCGCGCCCGUCUUCGUCGCGGUAUCGAGAUCGUCAAGCUUGCCAACCGUAUCGAAUCGCUCAAGAUGCACGAGGAAGAGGAUGGAGAAGAUAUCCCCAGUCCCAUGGACAUGGGCGCUUCUGGAGAGGCAGGUGCCGUGCCGGCACCAGAGUCCAACGGUGAGGCUAGCCCUGCAUCUGGCCACGCAAAGAAGAAGAGUUUCAGUAGUGUUGCCCGUGGUGCCAUCUUCCGUGAAGUUGUUUUGGCCAAGGUUCGUGAACAGAAGGAGAACGACGAACGAGAGAAGGUUGAGCGCGAAGCGAGAGACAAGGCCGCGCAGGCAUGAUUGCAUGCUAAAUCGUUCCUCUGUCUCUUUAAGUCUUUUUUUCUUCUCAUUUGUUGAUACGUUGAUUCUUCCAGAUAUGCUGCCUUGUAAGUCGUUUCUUACGCCGGGCGGCUUCUUGGAUAUAGUUCUGUGAUUCCCCUUUUUUCAUAGUCUAUCAAAGUGGACAUACAAUUCUUCGACUGUAUUCUUGUUUUAUAUUGUGCCAUAGUUACUAGUUGACUCUGUC